AAGCUAAAGACGACCUUUUCCUUUAUUUCAAUAGCUGAAACAGUUUGAGGCUAUAAUAAUAUAGCUAGCUGCGCUGCAGACAUGGAUGUCCCUGGUAGUCUUGGCUACUCUGUGCUGGGAGAUGAGUCUUUGGAGUUCGUGCGCUCACCUCGUGACUAUAUCAAGAAGCGACAGGAGAGCCAUGGAGCAGUAUUUCAGACUAGACUCCUCAACAAGCAUCACAUCAUACUCACCUCGAGCGCUGCAGUGCACGAGUUGCUCACUGAAAAAUCCUCCAACUUCACGAUGGGAUACAAGGAGUUCAUGCUCGAGCUGUUUGGAGAAAAUAUCAUUUUUGUUGAUGGAGACUCUUGGUCUAACUUGAGACGGAGUAUGGAGGCCAUGUUCAGUCAAGACUCUAUAGGGCAGUGCAUGGAUCUCAUUAGACGAAUAAUUAGCGAGUACCUGAGCAAGAUAAAGACUGGGAAGAGUGUUGUAGUGUACAAGCUCUUCAAAGAGAUGGUUACACGGAUCACGAUAGCUCUGUUCCUGGAUAAAGACAUCAGUGAUCAAGACGCUCGAGAGAUCUCUGAGCUACUGACCGUCCAUUGGAGGGGGAUAAUCUCAGUGCCCCUGCCAAUUAGAGUUCCAUGGCUGAGUUGGAAAUCUGGCUACAGUAAAGCACUCACAGCCAAAGACAGGCUCCUGGUCAUCAUCAGAGAGAAACUCAACUCAAACCCUUCAAGUAUUGCAUCUGGCGUAUUGGAGAGUGUAGCUGAUACAGAGCUGGUGGCCAGGAACCUCCUCCUCUUUGUCUCCGCCCUCAUCCCGAAGGCCAUGGCCUCUCUCCUCACCUCCUGUGUCAUUGAGCUGUCAAAGCCAGAGAAUCUGAUGUGGAGGUUUGUUAUGGAGGAUGACAGCAAGCUGGAGCACAUCAUUCUGGAGGUGGAGAGGUUAUGGCCACCAUUUUUCGGAGGAAGACGAGUGUGUACACAGACGUGUGAAGUCGGAGGCUAUGUGAUACCAAAGGAUUGUCCUGUUGCUUACGUGUCUUAUUCUGCUAAUAGGGACAAGACAGUUUUUACUAAUGCUGACAGCUUCAAACCAGAGCGAUGGAGUCUCGAGAAUUCGGAGGAUAAAGACAAAGUGUGGACGUUUGGUAGUGGCCCAAGAAACUGCAUUGGACACCUUCUAUCUAGUGGAAUCCUCAAGGAGUGCCUUCAGGAGCUGUCUAGGAGGUUCACUUGGCAGCUAGCACCAGGUCAAAACCUAGCCUACAAAGUACUGCCUGUUUCAAGGCCCAAGGACGACAUCUCAGUAGUGUUCAGUGACAAACAACCUUAACCAAAAAUUGACUAUUAAUAUAUAUUUUUUAAUCAUACACAUCAUCAGAUGUUUAAUUUAUUUUCAAAAUAUUGUUGUGAUUAAAUCAAUAUUUAUAAAGGCAAUUAAA